CACACGCACUCAGAGAAGGAGAUACCUGUUGUGCUCCUGUUCUAAUGAGAAGCUGCACGAAGGUUUUAAACGAUGCAGGAAGCUACUGUGAUGGCGGAACACAACUGCUCCAAGGGAUCAUACGUAACAUUAAUGUGCCCUUCGACUUCCUGUGAGGCCGUGUGUCAGAUCAUCCACGUGAAGGAUCUCACAAGCUCUUCCCUGAAUGCAACUCUGGCAUUGGAUCAAGCAGGGAAUUCACUUGACUUUUAUAUUGGUCUGUCCUUGGCUAUUUUCUCCAGCUGCCUCAUCGGUAUCAGUGUCAUUCUAAAGAAGAAAGGACUGCUCCGAUUGGCUGAAGUGGGCGGCACCAGGGCAGGAGAUGGUGGCCAUGGUUACCUGAAGGAUUGGCUGUGGUGGGCUGGCCUUCUAACAAUGGGCAUUGGAGAAGCGAUGAACUUUGCUGCAUAUGCUUUUGCUCCGGCAACAGUUGUCACUCCACUCGGAGCACUCAGUGUCCUGGUCAGUGCUGUGUUGUCAUCCUACCUCCUGCAAGAGAGACUGAACCUGUUGGGGAAGAUGGGAUGCGUGCUGUGCAUUCUAGGGUCAACCAUCAUGGUGAUUCAUGCACCUCAAGAGGAGGAGGUGAAAACACUGGAAGAAAUGGCACUGAAACUUAAGGAACCAGGGUUCCUGGUGUUUGCUUGCCUCUUACUGGUCACAGUGCUCUUCCUUAUCUUCUACACGGCACCGAGACAUGGGCACACCAACAUCCUUGUCUACAUUAGCAUCUGCUCCCUCAUUGGGGCAUUCUCUGUUUCCUCCGUGAAAGGAAUCGACAUUUCCAUCCGAGCGUACUUUGCUGAUCUCCCCGUGUACAAACAUCCAUUAACCUGGAUUCUCAUCUUCUCGCUACUAGCCUCCAUCAUCACCCAGGUCAACUACUUGAAUAAAUCUCUUGACAUUUUCAACACCUCAGUGGUCUACCCCAUUUACUAUGUGUUCUUCACUACGGUGGUUAUCACCACAUCGGUCAUCCUAUUUAAAGAGUGGUACAGCAUGUCUCCUAUCGACAUUGUGGGUACUGUUACUGGCUUUGGAACCAUCAUCCUUGGUGUGUUUAUGCUUCAUGUCUUUAAAGACCUGAACUUCAGCCUGAAGAACUUGCCAAAGACACUCAAGGCACAAGAGGGAGUCUGUGUCACUCCUAUGCUUAAAUUAGAUGACAAGCACAUUCUCAUAGAAAGCACGGACAACGCAGUGUUCACCGAAGAGAAACCCAGGGUCUUUGUAAUUUACGGAUGAAGAUUUUGGUUUCAUGGACAAUUUAAAGAAAAACCGUGCUACUAUGAAAACCAGAUGUAGGCAGACUAUGGAAUUAUUUGGUGUUCUGAUGCAGUGCCUUAUCAUGUGAACACACUGUAAUAUACAUUGUGUCCGAUGACCUGGAGUGAGGUCAGUUCAUUCCACAGGAAUUCAAUCUAGAAUCUAUACUGCAGAUUGUGGUGACAAUAUAAGUCAGCUGGUCAGAUACAAACCAAGUCCGACUUUCAAUAAUCCCCUUACCUGUUUUACAUUUCACAUCUCUUGUGAAGUAUGUAGCAUUUUAAAUAAUUUUUGAGCGGUGGAACUUUAUCCGUGAUCAUUCUAUUCUGUCUCUCAUCAGGACAGGCUGCUCAAAUGCCAGAAUCAAACAGGUCAGCCCUGCUGCUAGAUCAUGUCAUGGGAAAUGCCACAAUCUAGCCAGUUUACAUGUGAACCUAUCCCCUUUCUCAUUUUGUUUUGAUCAAACAAAAUUCCAAUUGAAAGUUUUUUUUCUCAUUAUCAUGGGAUGAUUUUAUGACUUGUCAGUGAUUCUUGCCUUCAGAAAUGAUUACAUUAUUUGCUUGUGGCUGGUUUCAAGUUCAUGAAAAAGUCAUCCUGUGCUGCUUGCUCAUCGGUAAUUGAGAAGGCAGUACAGUUCACAUUAAUGCCUCAGACCAGGGAGGGAUGAGUCGCCCAUUAUCCCUACUCGUGGUCCUUAUUAUAUAUGUGUGUGUAUUAUGUAUGUGUCUAUACCAUGUGAGAAGAAAGGAUUAGAUUUUAAUUGAGAUAUAUGUAUGGAGUGGAAAGAUCAUGGGAGCACUGGCCAGUACAGCACUCCUUCAGUACUGCAGUGUCAGCUGAGAUGAAACUCUGGAGUUUGGACUCUAAAAUUCUGAAACCUACAAUCUUAUGAGCUCAGUGGAUAAUACAGUCAGCGCUAUAUGCAAAGACUGACACAUUGUCAAAGCAGUGCGUACUAGCUUUUUCUCAACUCUCUUAUUCAUGUCUGCACUUUGGACAAUUUUAUAGAAUCAGUGAGAUAGCAGUGAGUGUUGCACCUCUUUCAGAGUAAAUCGGCUUUCCAAAAAAUCAGUGAACCCCCCCUGCAUCGUUCAAACCUGAUGCUGUUGGAGGCUGGUUGACCAGAAUAUUAUUCAGGCUCCAAGUGUUACAUUGAAGAAAGAUUACAUAAUCCAGUCUUGAGUUUUUUUGGAAUGUUAAAGGUUAAUUGAUAAUGUUAUUGAGGAUUUUAGAGUUUUGAAAGGAAUUAAUAAAUAGAUAGAGAUUUGUAGAAUUUUCUAUGGCAAGGGGAUCUAACCUAAAAUUAACCCAGGCCAUUCAGAAGGGAAACUGGGAAACACUUCUUCGCACAGAGAGGUACAAAUGUGGAAUACUGUUUCUCAAAAAAAACCCAGUAGAUUUUAGCUCAAUUCAUAAUUUUAAAUCUGAGAUUAGUGUGAUUUUUGCCUAGGAGAGAGUAGAAAAGGCAAGAUUGUCAUUCAUUACCCAUUCUCAGUUAUCUUAAAGAGGUAAUGGUGUGGCUUUUUCUUGAACUGUGUCAUUCUGCAUGAUGAAGAUGCUUCUUCACUGCUCUUGGCAUGAGAGUUAAACAAAUCUUCAUCCAUCAGGGAACAGUAGCCAGAGAUUUUCUACUUCUAACAUCUAUUUUUUUCCAUCUGUAGCCAUUAUUUCCUAGGAUGCAAUGUAACUACCAUUUGUUUCUGAGAAUGCGUAUUUCAGCAUCUCCUUUCAUGUUUACACUGUAGCCUUAUGGGUCAGUAUUCCAACUGGGCAUUAUAUGUUCAGACCAGAGAUUCCGCGCUGUACCCCUGGAGUGAGCUGAGUUAGUGACAUCAGUUGAAGCAAUAACAGAGCUGCUACACUGGGACUAGGCAGUUUCACAGAAUAACGGCAAAUGAGGCCAUUCAGUCCAUUGUAUCUACAUUGACCCAGAUGGUGAAGUAUAUUGGAAAAGUCUAUGAAAUACUUAAAAGCUAACAAAAUUUUAGGAAUGUUAUAAAAGUUAAAUAUUGCAAAUGAUCAAAAUCUGAAAAUACUGGAAGAACUGGAAAAGCCAGGUGGCUUGAAAGGCAAUCAGUCAGGAAUGUUAAUUGUUUUUCUCCAUCUGUAAAUACUGCUUAACCUGUUGCAUAUUUUCUAUUUCCACUUCCUUUCAAGUGUAGUGCUUAAUGUGCUCCCAGUUUAGUCAGGCCCCAAAAUGUGAAUAUUUCUGUCAGGGCCUUUAAUUCGGUUCUGGGUUCUGCAAGAUGGAUACAGAUUUGGAACUAGAUGAGGGAAAUAUGUUGAUCACUUUUAAUCUUUGAGUGAAUGAAUGUACCCUGAAUGGUCAAUGUGUUGGAGCAGGAUGAAAAUAGUCUUAAGUUUGUAUUUUUCUAUUUCAUAUAUAUUUUUGUAACAUUGUUUUUGUAAAGAUGCCUGUUAAUGCAUUAUGAUUCCUCAGUGAUGAGUGCAUUUACAGUUUAAUGUCAAACAGAAGCAAAUUGUAAAUGGAGAAGCCACAAUAAAUAUUUG